AUGGCCGUUUCAAGUGUUAUGAAACAAAUUAAAAUGGUAAUUUGAGUUAAUAGUUGGCUAAUAGUGUUUCGUGUAUAGUGUGAUGUAUAAAUGUGGGACUGGGAAUCACGCAUUAUUAUUUUAAUAUUAUAUUUUGGAAAGUUUAUAAAUCAUGCAUUAAAUAGAAUAGAAGCCUGAACAGAAAGACACGUUUCCUUUUGACCACCUAGUACAGUAAAAACAUCAACAGGGAUCCUAUUAACAUAAGGCUGAUAAUAGAAUGCAUACUGAUUACUGUUUUUCAAGUUAGAGGCUCCUAUUAAAGUUAUAGGCUCUUAGUUAAGUUAGAGCCACUUCUUAGUGUUUCUUCUUCAAGUUGGGGUCCUUCAUGUUACACCCCCUUCUCCAGGCGGCAUGUCCCCAAUAUCUGUUAUGUGUUUUGUGACUAAAUUAGUCAUUUAUAAUGCAUAUGUUCUCAUAUCUCUAUUUUAAGAUUUCGUUCAUUCAUGAUUUUAGAAAGAUAGCAAUGACCUGGACGGAUGAACAUAAUGAGGCACUAAUUCGUGAAAUGUUUUUAUUUCAACCUUGGAACUAUAAAAAAGGAUCGCAGCAACGGGGCCAUGCUUGGGAGAUGAUCGGUGAUUCACUAAACAAUCUAAAUACUCCGAAGUUUAGUGUGACACAAAAAUCUGUUCGAGACCACUACACUCUACUCCAGAAACACUAGAAGAGGAGAUUGAGGGAAGAGGAAAAAGCUUCCGGAAUCUCUCCUGAGCCAUCGGAAGUAGAAAUCGCCGCAGAAGAGUUAAUUGAAUUGCUUAGGAGUAGGGAUGAUGAUGAUAAAGUAGUGGAAGAGAAACGAAAAGAAAUUUAUGUUGCAGAAGUAGGAAAGGCUGUAGAAAUGAGGCAACUGUCAAUGGAAACAUUGGCUGAAAGCAGAAAAAGAAAGUCUGAAAGUAAAGAUGGUGAGAAACCUAAAAGAAGAGUAUCGACCACUGGUAGUGAAACAAUUGCCUAUUUGCAAAAGAAAUCGGACGUAGAUAUGAUACCCAACUUAAGAGGAAGGAAUUGA